AUGCUCCCAAAGGACUUCCAAAAGAAAUUUGACGAAAGAAUCGCACGUGCCGCGUCACGUGGUUUCACCCGCGAAUAUCAGAAUGAGCGGGAACACGAAGACAACUCCAUAUGCCUCAAACAGCUCGCUCCGGCAACUCUGGAGAAAUAUGAGGAUACAGCAAUAAAUUGGGCAUUAUGGAGACUUUCCCGUAAAGAAACGCCCAAUGCCAAUUUUUCCAAAAAUGAACCUGAUCCCACCCCACAGCUUCUGAAAUCUUUUGCUGAAGACUACAUUGCAACAAGAAAAAAUCUACCCUCGCAGAAGUCUGCGUGUCAGAAUUUCAUUAACUUCACUUCGAGAUGGGAGCGAGAGACUUAUCGAUCUCUACCGAAGCACGUCAAGGAUGAUGUUCUGAACUACAUUAGGCAGGAUCUGACAGUCAAAUAUCAACUACCCACGAAGCCACGAGAGCGCUUCAUGGUCACAGCAAAGGACAUCGACUACCUUCUUCGCGGCCUUUUCGGCGAUGAUUGGCACGAUUACAAGCACGAGAGAGCACGUGGGCUCAGUACGGUGACCGACGUGCUCGCCGUGAGACCUCCGAAGGGGAGAGAAUCAUAUACGCUUGAAUGGAACAAGAAUAAAAAGGAUCUUCCUUUCUUUAGGAUGGUAACUCCGGAAGGACCCCAGCAAAAUAAAGCAUUGUCCUUCUCCUCUAUGCGCUACAACUUUGCGAGUCUGGCUCAGCGCGAAUGCUUCAAGGACCGACUGCGCGUACACGGAAUCCGUGCUGGUGUUGCAAACUGCAUUGACCCCAAGGCGUCAGAAGCGACCCGUGGCCAGGCUCUUGACCAUCAAAGCCAUGAUACGUAUAUUAAAUACCAAUCUGUGCUCAAGUCUUUGGAUAUUCAGGCUUUAUUCUAUGACUUGGAACCUGAUUAUGAGUGUCGGAACAUGGAGCAGAGCAUGGCUCACCACAGAGAUCCUAAUGCUCCCCAGAGAUUGGACGCGGCUGCUAUCACAGCAUUUGAAGAGAGAGAUGAGAUCAAGGCCAUGAACCAGAGAAUUGCUUCUCUGACUUCAGAGAUUGCUGGGAAGCCCCAGCUCCAUGAGCAACUUGCUGUUGAACGCGCACAGCUCUACAGCAGAAAAGCUAAAUGCCUAGAAGCUUGGAAGAAGGAAUUCAUACAAGAUUGGUGGCAUUCUGCAUACGACGAAUAUAUCUCCGGAAACGAAUUCACGGAACGCGACAGAACCUCUUUAUUCAACAUAUAUAAGAAGUAUCUACCAGAACGCGCUCGUCUCAGAGAAUCCCUUUUCACGGAAACCUCAUUGGAUAGCGUUAUCGGCCAACAAUGCCUAGAGGAUAUGGUUGCGCUUUGCACAUCCACGGAACGCGUCGUUUACUAUCCCGGACUUUUACCUGAGGAAAAUCGAUGUCCAAUAUGUUCCAAGCUUAUGUCACAAAUACCAUUUCAAGGGAGGGCAAAACAUAUCUUGCAGUGUCGAAGACGAUCCCUAGGUGGCCCACAAUACCAGCAACGCUAUAGGAAUGAGAAGCGCGCCCACAGGCGCGUUCAGCGGGAUUUUGUGCAGUUCUGCUAUCUUUGUGCGGAAAUGUACUGUGAUGAGCAAGCCUGGAUUAGCCACUGCCAAAGCCACCUUGAUAAACUUCACCCUCGAUGUGGCAUGUUGACAUUCCGUUAUACGCUUGUUGCCCCUGGCUUUUGUCCAUUUUGCCUGGGAGAUGAAGACAAGAAACCGGACGAGAGAUUUCAACAGUGGCUGGCUAAGGCAACGCUUCUGAAUCACAUUGACAAACAUCUGGACGCUUUGAGAACUUCAACAAUCUGCUUCUGUCCACAUCCUUGUUGCCAGAGAAAGGACUAUACGGACGUUACGAAUCUUCGUCGCCACUUCUUUGACGCACACUCCAUUGAAGAACCGCGGUCUAACUGCGUGAGUCGAAAAAGAAAAUGGCAGGCGGAACCGGAACUUUUCUCUGGAGACCAUGCUCAGGCUCACCCUGAGAUCUCAGAUAUACAAGUGAUUCCCGCUUUUGAGAACCCCCACAAGAAGGGUAAAGCAGCCAGUUUCGAAGAGGGUGUGCACGGCAUGAAGUGGACGCAGGCAGUAGAGCAGUAUUAG